AAUCUCAUUUGAAGAGAAAAAGAAAGAACAGACUUCGCCAUUCAGCUCCACAUAUUCAUUCCCUUUCUAUCCAUGGCUGCACUCUUUUCUUGCACCUCUCUCCAUUCUUUCUCUUCUCUUUUUCCUUCUUCUUCCUCUUCUUCGUUUCCAAUCACUCAUUUUCUGCCACAGUUACUUCCAACAAAACCAGAAAUCCUCUCUCCUUCCCGUUUCAGCUGUAGCCAUAGAUUACUCCUUCACCCUCCCACCAAUCUCAUUCUCCACCCUUUUUUCUUGCUCAGUGGCUUCGAAAGGCCUUUGGAUACUCAAACUGCCCUCGCCACCGUAAGCGUCUUCGCUGCCAUUGUUCUUUCUCUCUUCCUGGGCCUAAAGGGUGAUCCUGUUCCUUGUGAUCGGUGCGCGGGAAAUGGUGGCACAAAAUGUGUGUUUUGCAAUGAUGGCAAGAUGAAGCAGGAAACUGGCUUGAUAGAUUGUAGAGUGUGCAAAGGUGCAGGAUUGAUACUCUGCAGGAAGUGUGGAGGUUCCGGAUAUUCCAGACGCCUAUGAGCUUGAGUUCAGCACAUAUUUUUGACCCAUAAGACAAAUUUACUGAGGCUUCAAUUCUUUUCACCAGGUCCUUGCCUUGUUUUCCCCCUUUAUAUUCUGUAAAUUAUAUCCCUUCUCUUUUAUCCAAUUUCUUGUGUAAUUAUAGUUAAGUGUGAAUGACAGAAAUGUAAGACUGACUCUAAUGCAACUUUUAUUCCCAUUUAACAUCAAUUCAAUUUUUAAAGCCA